GCUUAUAUAACGUUUAUGUUUAAUAACUGUAAACUUCAUAAUCUAUGUGUGCUAUUGGAAAGUCAUGGUUUUAUGCUUGGAAAUGUCAGAUUUCAGUCUCAGUAUACUGAGACUAGAAAAAACUUAAUACUCACAAAAGAAACUAAAGUCAUAGUGCAGGGUUUUACUGGCAAACAAGGAACAUUCCAUAGUCAACAGGCACUUGAUUAUGGAACUAAUGUUGUUGGUGGUGUAUCACCAAAAAAAGCUGGAACAGAACAUCUGGGUAAACCAGUCUUUGCAACUGUGAAAGAGGCAAAAGAGAAAACUGGUGCCCAAGCAUCUGUCAUCUAUGUACCACCUCCAGCUGCAGCUGGAGCCAUUAUGGAAUCAAUUGAAGCUGAAGUUCCUUUGGUUGUGUGCAUCACUGAAGGAGUACCUCAACAUGAUAUGGUACGUGUGAAGCAUGCCCUACUCCGACAGAACAAGACCAGGCUGGUAGGCCCUAACUGUCCUGGUAUAAUAGCACCUGAGAAGUGCAAGAUUGGCAUCAUGCCAGCAGCUGUGCAUAAGUCUGGAUGUAUCGGAGUUGUUUCCCGAUCUGGUACACUUACCUAUGAGGCUGUACAUCAGACAACAAUAACUGGCUUGGGCCAAACACUAUGUGUUGGUAUUGGUGGUGAUCCUUUCAAUGGAACAGACUUCAUUGAUUGCUUAGAAGUGUUUCUUGCUGAUCCUAACACCAAGGGAAUCAUUCUUAUUGGAGAGAUUGGUGGUAAUGCAGAAGAGUUAGCAUCGGAAUAUCUUAUCCAGAACAACACCACCAAGGGUCAAAAGGCUAAGCCGGUGGUAUCAUUCAUUGCUGGUUUGACAGCACCUCCUGGUAGACGCAUGGGUCACGCUGGGGCAAUCAUAUCAGGUGGCAAGGGAGGUGCCAUGGACAAAAUUAAAGCUUUAGAGAAAGCAAAUGUUAUCGUCACCCGCUCUCCUGCGAAAAUGGGUGCCGAGUUGUUAAAAGAAAUGAAGCGAUUGGAACUUGUUUAAAGAAUCAUGCAGUGACAUUAUUUUACUUUGUAUAGAAUUUUAGUAAUUAUACCAUAUUUAUUUAUUCCCUGUUGUUGUUUAAUUAGUAAAUGUUUUAAAUAUAUCCUAUAGGAAAAAUCAUAAUAAUUGCACAUACUUUUAGUCAACACUGUAUAAUUCAUAACAGUAAUGAAUCAUACUAAUGAGUAAGUCUUGUCCAAUUGAUAUUUCUUAUAUAUAUACUUAGCUAAGCUGCCACUUUUUGAUAUAAUUUGGUUUUUGUAAAGCUUUCGAUGUUUAAAUGCUAAAUAAGUAUUGUACUCUCAUACCUAUUACCUCAAAUGUUUGAAGAUUUAAGUAUGAAAUAAAAACUACAUAAAUA